GGUGACAUUGGAAAAAACUGGCGCCACUUCAAACAGAAGUUUGAACUAUUUGUGACUGCGUCAGCUCCAGGGGGAAAGCCGUUACUAGGACCCACGCAGGCCGCACUGCUACUAAGUGUAGCUGGCGACGAGGCCUUGGAAGUCUACAACAACUUCAUCCUCAGUGAAGGUGAGAGCCAGCAGGAUUAUGCGACCAUCAUCAAAAAGUUCGACGAGUACUGCGCAGCGCAGUUGAACGAAGUGCACGAACGCUACCUGUUUCGCCAACGUGUGCAAGCCCAGGGUGAGCCGUCAGAACAGUUCAUCAGAGACCUAAGAAAGGUGGCACAGUCAUGCAACUUCAGCACCAUGACGGACUCUAUGGUACGCGACCAAAUUGUUUUUGGAACGAACAACGACAAAGUCCGGGAAAAACUGCUGCGCGACAACAAGCUGACGUUGGCGAAAGCGGAACAAGUGUGCAAGGCGGCCGAGUUAGCGGACGCUCAAAACGAGCUUUGGGCACGCGAACGACAACGCAUCAGGAAGUUCACGCAGCAAGCUUAG